CUAAGAUCCUUUGUGAAUACGGCCCCAGAUCUGUUAAUGAUUAACCUGUAAACAGACAGUAUUCAUAUCUUUUUAUUAUGAACCUAGGAUCAGAGUUCAGUCAUUGGGACGAUACAGGGAGUUGGUCUUCUUCAGAAUGAGAAGCCUUCAGUUGAAGAGGAAUCACUUGAUGUGAGUGUUCAAAGGACCAGAAUGAUCUAUUGCAGUAAGGAGAACUGUUUUGUCAGUGGGCCGAUGGUCCACACAUGAACCAAAACCUCCUCAAUCUGUAGAGUACAGACCACCUCUGGAGUUUAUUAACAAAGAGUUCAGAACUAAGGAACACAUCCGGAGAGGCUUCCUGUCUAUACCUCUGCUAAAAUGGAAGAAAACCCUCCUCCUCUCAAACAUUACCUGACCUGCAGCGUGUGCACUGAGAUCCUCAAGGACCCGGUGUCUCUGGGCUGUCACCACAGCUUCUGUUCCAGCUGUCUCCAGAACUUCUGGGCCCAAGCUGAGAACAAGAACUGUCCCGUCUGUAAGAGGAAAUCCUCAAAGGAUAUAGCCGAUAACUUUUCCCUCAAGGAGCUCGCUGACUCCUUCACUGGAAGACAGAGGUCAGGCCCCUCUGAUGAGGCCCAGGUCAGAAGGAGCAGACACCAGGAGCUGCUGGAGAAGUAUGGGGCCAUGCCUCCUCACCUCAUGGGACAGUGGGUGACCGAGAGGCGGAUCAGAGCAGAGUUUGAACAGCUUCACCUGAGAGAGAAAGAGGAGGUCAGAGUGGAGGCCCUGGAGAGGGAGAGGAUCCUCCUGGAGAGGGAGAGGAACUUCCUGGAGAGGGAGAGGAUCCUACUGCAGAGGGAGAUCCUUCAGGAGCAGAUCCGGUCUCUCGCCAGUGGAAGCAGACGGACAGCGGACCAGGCACCAAUGGCGGAGGUCCGAGCAGGUGCUGAAGUAGAAAUGAGGGCAGAGAGGACCUCCAGACUAGCCUCGGUGUCGUCUGUGAAGCCCUCAUCCUCUGCCUCGUCGCCCAAGUCCUCCAGCAGCUGCUCCGUCUCCUAACCCUCAGGAUCCAUGUCCUGCAUGCACUUCCCCGUCUGCAGGUACAGGUAGACGAU